GACCGACGCGAUCCUGCAGAGACCAUUAAAGAACCAGCGACUCGAUGCGGCCAGGCACAGCUCAAGAAACACAUUGAAGACAUCAUGCCGCAAUCAUACUACGACGUCCUCGGCAUCUCCAAGACGGCCAAUGAUGACGAAAUCAAAAAGGCAUACCGCAAGCUCGCGCUCAAAUAUCACCCAGAUCGUUGUAAAGAGCCGGGUGCAGAGGACAAGUUCAAAAAGGUGUCAGAAGCGUUUGAAGUACUCAGCGAUAAGGAGAAGAGGGGUGUCUAUGAUCAAUUCGGUGAGGAUGGCCUGAAAGGCGGAGGCAUGCCGCAACAAGGUGGUGCUGGCGGCGCAGGAGGUUUCCCAGGCGGCUUCAGCUUUGGUAGCGGUGGCAUGCCCUCUGGCUUCGGUAGCGGUGGUGGCUCCUCAUUCCGAUUCAGCGCAUCGGAUCCCAACGACAUUUUUGCGCGCUUCUUUUCAGGUGGCGAUGAUCCAUUCGCAUCCAUGGGCGGUGGCGGUGGUGGGGGUAUGCCAUCAGGCUUUGGCAUGGGUGGCAUGCCGGGCGGUUUCCCUGGCAUGGGAGGUAUGGGCGGUGGUAUUGGUGGAUCGCGCGGUAGAUCGUCCCAGAGCAAUGAACCUGCUGAACUCAUCACGAAGCCGCUGCCAGUCUCACUCGAAGACAUGUUUACCGGCACGACCAAGAAGCUCAAGAUUACACGCAAGCUUCUGGACCACAGCGGCACGUCUGUGCCGGCGGAAAAGAUCCUCGAGGUGGUCAUCAAGCCGGGCUACAAAAAGGGUACCAAAAUCACAUUCGCAGGCGCAGGCGACGAAAAGGCGAAUGGCUCCACACAAGACAUUGCCUUUGUGCUGGAAGAGAAGCCGCAUCCAAAGUUCAAGCGGGAAGAUGACCACCUACGCUUAUCCUUUGAUUUGACGCUCGUGGAGGCCUUGUGUGGCUACGAAAAGGUUAUCGAGACUAUCGAAGGCAAGCGGCUGAAGGUGAGCAGCACCUCUAUCACACAACCAGGUGCAGAGACUCGCUAUCCAGGACAGGGCUUCCCCAACAGCAAGACCGGCAAGCGUGGCGAUCUGAUUGUCGAGGCAAAAGUGAGCUUGCCGACAUCAUUGACACCCACGCAAAAAGCAGAUCUGAGGAAGAUACUGACGUAAGCUUUACGUACUUAAUAGAGAUGAUGAUAUAUGAUUUGAAGCACCUGUACCAAAGGACCUUCGACUUUCGCAUCAGUUCGAAUCCGUUC